AUGCCCGGCAAAAUUUCGGUAUUUCGGUCGGUAACGUCGACUAAUCUGUCGUUCUAUCGACUUCCACCGCCAAAGAGCCUUUUGAAUCCCUUGCAAUAUUUAUUCCGGAGGAAGGACUACGAGGAAAGGGACGAGCAAUACCACGAAGGCCAAGAGCAGCAAAAAGUGUUUGUCAUUCUUAUGUUCAGCCAGACCUCUCUGCGAAACCGCUCUCCCGUACGGCCAUUCCGCGCACACAACUCACACUGUAUAUACAAGGCAACAAGGACGAGCAAUCGUCCUAUUGGACUCGACAGCACUCCUACAGGCCAGGCACGGCCGCCGCUGCCGCCAUCAAGCGGUGGCGGUGGCGCCAUAGCAAAAGUACGGCUCAGCGAAGAAGCUCGCAUGAUAGCUCUGCAGGUCAAUCAAGCCUACGCAGGUAGCGGUGGUGGUGGUGGCGGUGAAAGGGGAGGUGCAGGCGCGGGUGCCAAUGGCGGUACCGCGGGCGUGGGCAGGGGGGAAGGAGCUAAAGGGGGAGGAGGGACUCCGAAACCAGCGCCCGUGCCAGGGCCGCCUCCGCAGGCGCCCCAGCAGCUGGUGGCACCUCUGCCUUCCGGGGAGGGACCGCCCAUUAAGAAGAUUAAGCUAAAGAUGGGUAACCUGGCGAGCUUGGCAGCGAGGAUCGCACGAGGGGAGCCCACGGGACCAGAGGAUGGCGGCGGCGGUGCCGCUGGUGGUGGUGGAGGCGGCGGUGGCGGUGGCAGCGGUGUGCCUGCUCCACGGGAUGGCGGUGGCGGCAACGGCAACGGCAGUGGUGCUGUAGCUGCGGCGCCCGGGGCCCCGCGUUCGGGACCUGCCGCGCCGCCGCGUCUGCCUUUCAAGCUGAAGAUUCCGGUGCUGUCGGCGGCUGGUUCCGGCGCUGGUGGCGGUAUUGGAGGCGGUGGCGGCGGUAUGGCAGUAGCUGCGGCCGCCGCUGGCGGUGGUGGUGGUGGCGGCGGACGGGGCCGGGGUCGGUCUAGUGACUACGCCGGCAAGUUCGAUUUGGAGCGGUGUUUUGAGCAGAUCGUCAAGCAGGAUAAAGACGGGCUUUUCGCAAAGCCUGUCACGGAUGACGUGGCGCCAGGCUAUUCGGAGGUGAUCAAGAACCCCAUCGAUCUGUCCGUCAUCCGGGAGCGGUUACGGAACGGCAAUUACGACACAUGGGGCUCCUUGGAGGCCGAUUUGGUACUGAUGACCAACAACGCCAAGACCUACAACCCGGAGGGGAGCACCGCCUGGUGGCACGCGGAGAUGAUGGAGAAGAUGACCCUCAAGUACAUCAGCUGCGGCAGGGCGGGCAUGCAGAACUACCGGGGGGUGGCGGCGUCCGUGUGGAGGGACCUCAGGAAGCCGGCGGAGGGCACCGCCGCCAUUCCGCUCCUGCCCCGCUACACAUCCGCCGGACCCCGCCUCGACAAGAACGGAAACGAACGAGACCCCGCGGAGCGCCGCCGCCAGCAGCAAGACGCCAACGCCGAGGCGGCCAACCUCAUGUUGGACUCGCGGCUGAGGGAGCGGCGACCCGGACCCGGCGCGCUGCGAGACGACGUCGUGCUGUGGCCCAGCAGCAGUACAGACCCACGGGUCGCGGGCGGCGCCGGCGGCGUGGGUGGCGUUGCGGGUCUGGGCGGCGUGGGUGGCGUGGGCGGGCCCGGUGGUCCCGGGCGGCGGAAGCACCGGACCCAGGGCCUGCGGGCGAUUGAAGCGGAUGCCAGGCGGCUGAUGGCAGCCCAGGCGGGCGAUAACCGAUUCAGUUACCGUUCCAAACCGCCAAACAGCGUCGCACCGUUCGUCAACAUGGGGGGAUUGGCCAAUGGUGCCUCCCCAGAGGGACUGCCGUACGCAAUCGUACGGCCUUCGCUACAGCCCGCCUACCUGCCGUGCGACUCAGUGGCUGACGCCUACGCGACAAGUCUGGCUCGGUUCAUGUCGCGUUGCGGCAAGCUGGUGCAGGUAGUGCUGCCGUCUUCAAACGGCUACGGGAGCCCCCCCCGCCGCCGCCUCCCGACCCCGCCAAGCUAG